AUGGACCUAAAGAAUCCCCCUAAAGAAGCCGAAAACUUCGAAAACGCCGAGGAAUUCGACGACUCCGAUGACUCGGAUGAAGGCGCCGAUUGGGAUAAGAAAUUCCCAGCUGGCAUCCCACGGCUGGCUGAAUACAUGGCUCGCGUGCCUGAGCGGGCUAUUUUCCGUACCUUCCGAACGCUCGGCGUGCAGAAUCUCCUCUUCAUGCAAGCAGAGAUCGACUAUCUGGAGUGGAAGCUUCAUAAUGUAAUGACUAAUUUCAGAGAGGGAAAAGGCGGCAUUACUAAGCUCUUGUGUUAA